AUGGAAAUGGAGUCAAGAACUAUCGCGCCCGCCCUCUACGUCUCUCACUUCCUAUCAAUGUGGAAUGCUCGAGGCUUUGAGUUUGGCGCGGUCCUUUUCCUCGCAAGCAUUUAUCCUGGCACACUACUCCCAGUAUCUAUCUACGCCCUGAUCCGUGCCCUGGCGGCCGUAUGCCUCUCACCGAUUCUGGGGCGCUUCCUCGACUCGGGUGACCGUCUCCGGAUCAUUCGAUUGUCCAUCGUGGGACAACGGCUGGGCGCUGCAGUUUCCUGCCUCAUCUUUGCGCUGUUGGUCAGCCGGGAAGAAGCGCUUUCGUCCGUUGUCCUCAUGCUCCUCCUCGGCAUCUUGGUCUUACUGGCCUGUAUAGAGAAACUCAGCUCCAUCACAAACACGGUGGCGGUGGAAAGGGACUGGGUGGUAGUCAUUGCUGCCGAUGACGAGGCGUUGCUUCAGACUCUCAACGCACAGAUGCGCCGGAUCGAUCUAGUCUGCAAGCUGGCGGCCCCCUUGGCCAUUGCUCUCCUCCACGGCUGGUCUCCUAUCGCUGCCGUCUGGACGACUCUAGCCACCAACGCUCUGUCGGUGGGGAUUGAGUAUCUGCUGAUCGCCAGAGUGUUCCACCGAAUCCCAGCAUUGCGAGACCGCAGUCGAUCGGGCGAGACUACUGGCACUGGCACUGUCACUGGCGAAGACCAAACCGAGCUCGAAAUUUCCGAGCAGCAACCGCCUUCAGGGUCACGAUUCACGGCAAGAUACCUGGCGCCAAUCGUCGGCCCCCUCAGCACCUAUGUCCGCCAGUCAGCUUUUCUCCCGUCUCUCGCCCUUUCGGUUCUCUAUUUGACUGUCUUAUCCUUUUCCGGCCAGAUGACGACCUUUCUCCUGGGACUACCCGAACCCAGAAUAACGUCGACAAUGGUAGGGAUGCUACGGACCAUUUCCACCAUGGUGGAAAUCUCGUCCACCUUCAUCGCUCCCAAAAUCAUGUCCAAAAUCGGCCCUGUCCGCGCCGGCAUCUGGUUUCUGUCAUGGCAGACGGCGUGUUCGAGUGUGGCCGUUGGACUACUCUGGACUGGCUCCUCCUCGUCUCCUCGAACGGUGCUCCCACUCUUCAUCGGCGGCAUCAUCCUGUCACGCUUUGGGCUGUGGUCUUUCGACCUGUGCGCUCAAUUGAUCAUCCAAGAAUCCAUCCUACCUCCCCACCGAGGCACUUUCUCUGCCGUCGAAAUGUCGCUGCAGAACUUCUUUGAACUGUGUGCCUUUGUACCCACCAUCAUCUUCCCUCGACCGGACCAGUUUCGGUACCCAGCGGUUAUAUCCUUGGGAGCACUCUAUCUUUCCGCUGCUUUGUAUGCCAAAUUCGUCCGCGACCGACGGGGCCAUCUUCUGCACAUGCCGUCGUGCCUCAAGACGGUUCGAGGCAGGAGUCAACCUGGGCACGCAUACCAAUCACUUGCCACGGAAGUGGAGUGA